GCCAGAGAAAAAAACAUCCAACACACAGUUCAAACCAGGAAAUGGAAUCAAGCUUUGCUCUGCUUUCCAAGAAGCACUUUCUAUGCUCGUUAUGUGAGGAUAUCUUUAAAAGUCCGGUCACAACACCAUGUGGCCACAGCUUCUGCAAAGUGUGCCUGCGCAAGUACUGGAGUGGUGCUGGCUCAGGAAAAUGUCCUCUCUGUUGCAAGGCCUUUGUUUCCAAGCCUCAUCUCAGCGUGAAUCACAUCUUGGCAGAUGUUACAGAGCAUUACAGGAAAUCACGGGUGGAAAGGAAAGCCAAGUCUCUCAGUGUAGAUGGACUUCUAAAUGAGCCAGAACAGAGGACUGAUACAGAAGUGGAACAGAUGAUCACACAGAGGAUCCAGAAGGUGGAAAAACUCAAGCAUUCCCUGAAACUUCUCAAGAGCUCAUGUCUGCGGGAGGUACAGGAGAGUCAUAGGGUGUUCUCUGCCCUCUUAAGCACGGCAGAAAUGGCUCAUAAGGCAGUGGUGGCACAAGUGGAAGAGAAACAAAUGGAAGCUGAGAAACGAGUAGACCAACUGGUUAAAGAACUGGAGGGGGAGAUUGCUGAGCUGAGAAGUGGACAGAACGUUCAAGAGAAUCUUUUAGAGAGCAAGGAGCAUCUCAGAAAGAGUUUUGUUCAUUUACCCAGAGAGAUGAAGGACUGGACAAAGGUGAGACUAGAGACAGAACCAUGUGUGGGAUUUACCAGGAAAGGUGUGAAUGAUCUCAUGAAUGCUGUCAGGAUGGAAGCUGACAAACUCUCUAUGGCAGAGCUUAAAAGGCUACAGAAAUACUCAGUUGAUAUCCAUCUGAACCCUCGCACUGCUCAUGCCUGCCUCUCUGUAUCAGACAGCAAGAAGCAGGUCAGACACACCAAUAAGCAGCAGGAGGUCCCUGAGAACCCCAAAAGAUUUGACCGUGUUACUAACGUCCUUUCUAAGGAGGCUUUUAUCUCUGGUAGACAUUACUGGGAGGUAAAAGUAGGAGAAAAGACAGACUGGGAUGUGGGGUUGGCCAAACAGUCUGUAAACAGAAAGGGGAAAUUCAACAUCAGUCCAGUUAACGGCUUUUGGGUGCUCAGUCUAAGGAAUGGAAAUCAGUAUGCGGCCAACACGCUGCCGCCAACCAACCUGUCUCUCAAUUUCAGACCCACAACACUGGCCAUCUAUCUGGACUACGAAGAGGGACACGUUUCCUUCUUCUGUUUGGAUUCUGGGAAUCAUAUCUACACAUUCACAGACACUUUUACUGAGAAAUUACAUCCCAUCUUCAACCCAGGUCGACCACAUGGGACCAAGAACACUGCACCACUUAUUAUCAGCACCAGCUGCUGCACCAUUUAAACCAGUAUGGCACUUUGAAAAGCCUUCUGUUUUUCUUGCUGCUCUUUCCUAUCACUUCUGUCUUCACAAAAUUACAGUUAAGAAUUCUGUUAAGCACUUUUACAUCGUAUUUUAAAGAUCCUGACUGAACAUUUAAAGAAAAUGAUUCUUAUUUAUUUUUUGAUUAAAUAACAAAUGAUUGUUUCUGAUAUGUAUUUAAAAU